AUGGAGCGUAGGGAGAUUCCGGGAUAUUAUUGGGAUGCGGACAAGAAGCGUUACUUCAAGAUCGAGCAACGCAAAACUGCUCCUCAAGAUGCAGCCUGGUCUUCUGACACCGUCAAAAAGCGCAAGAUCGAAGAUGCAGAAGCCGCUGAGAAAACUCGCCAGAUUGCCUUGAAUAAGAAGCGCAUCGUCCGCUCUGAGACUUUGGGUCACCCUCUCAUCGGUGGUUUCCUUCAACGCGAGAUCGGCGUGCAUAGACGCGAUCACAUCGCUGCUUCUUUUGCAUAUGGCAUCGUGGAGAAGGGCGCGGUUGAAUUCACCUGGGGUCGCCAGCAUAAUACCCUUACGCAUAUGGUCGUUACUAAUAGGGGUCCCAAGGGCCUAUGCAAAGUCUACGCAAGUCCCGAUGGGAGAGUGUGCGACUCGGCCUAUACCUUGAGAGACCCCGUGUCGGGCAGAAUAGGUUCAAAGUUUCGUAGCAGGUUGAACGAUGGACAGGCCGUUCAUCUAGGACCAGCCAAUGAAGCAGUAGCGUCACCCCUGGCAAGCAUCGGCUACAGUACCAAGUUAGAUGCUGUUAUAUCUGUUCCUAGACAGUUCCAACAACGCGACCCUAUCCUCAUUCGUUCCAAUACAGAUAUUCACAAUGCCAGAGGUAAUACCUCGUCAACUCCACUGUUCUACGACAACCAUCUCCGUCACAUCAAGACCCUCUCUCCUUGGAGCACCAAUUUUCUUUCCUGUCGCGAUCCAAUCGAGGCCUUCUCAAUGUGCGUAGCCCCGCCCGCGAGCAACGACCUGCUCUGCGUCGUCGGCACGUCCCACGGCCUGGUCUACUGCAACGUCGCCGGCCACAUGGGCGUGCCCUUCCCCCUCGGCCACUUCAACUUCAAGGACCCCAUGGGCCGCCCGCCCACCAGCGACACCUUCGGCAUCACCUUCCAAGCCGAGAACCCGAACGUGCUUUUCUUCGGCGGCCGCCCCGGCCGCCUGUUCACCGGCGACCUGAGGUGCGAGUACCCCCAGUGGACCAACGUCCGGGUGCGCGACGCCAUCGCCCACGUCAAGCAGGUCAGCGAGCACAAGGUCCUCGUCGCCGGGCUACGCAGCAUGCUCUCGGUCUUCGAUAUGCGCUACUGUAGCGGCGGUAGCGCCUCGGACCUCCUGCACGCGAAACCCGCCGACACCGCCGCCCCUCUCCUCCGCAUCGAUGGCUACAGGAACGGGGCGUACCUCGACCUCGGGCUGGACUUGGACCGGGACUCGGGCGUCGUGGCGGCCGCGCACGACGACGGCCGGGUCGCGCUGUACUCGGCGCGCAGCGGCCGGCGGCUACCCUCCUCCUCCGCAGGCGGCGGCGGCGGUGGUGGUGUCGACAAGAUCAACGCGCCGGGCCCCGUGCGCUGCGUCCAGUGGCAGACGUUCGACGGCGAUAGCACGCCGAGCUUGUUCGUCGGCGCGGACCAUCGCGUCAAGGUCUACUCGUUCGGCGUUAGGGACCCGGAUGGCGAGGAAUAA